CGGCUGGGGCCUGGGGGGCCAGCUGCGGAGCUACUCACGGACGGCAGCGGGGCAGGCCAGGAACCCCAACGAGCCGCUCAUGUGGAUGAGAAACCCGAUUGCAACCGUCGCCGUGAGCGGUCUGUCAGGUCCUUGCGCGGAAUCCGGUGGAGACAACGGGGGUGGUGGUGGCAGGGGCGCACAGGACCCAGCAGCCCUUGCCUGUCCGCCGGCGGUGCUUGCAGUCGCUGGCACCCCGGUUGGUGCCCUCGGCAGCGUGCCGGAAAGAAGCGCCUGCGCCCCCGGCGGCCCGUCCAUGCUGAGCGGUCCAACAGAGUCCACGGCAGGUGGUGCAGAGCCGCCUCAGCCUGGCAAGCAUGCGCCGCACACCGUUUCGGGCUCAGCUCAUGCGGCCGAGGCGGCGCGAGCUAAGGCUUUCCGAGGCCUAGCCGGUGGCUCUAGCAGUGACAUGCAGCAGGCGUCGGCACAGGAGUCGGCGGCGGAGGGUUUGAAGGCCGCUCGACGUUCCCCCCAGAGCGGGAUUACAACAAAUGACUGUGACGACUUGCUGCUGAUACCGCUUCCGAGCUCCGAGCAAGUUCCCGCAUUACCGCCCUCGCCCUUCACCCGUCAUUACAACAGCGGUAUGCCGUCGCCGCCCUCCGUUGUCCCCACGGUACCCUCCCGAUUGGGCCCCGGGGUGCCUUCCCCCACCCUCGCUGCGAUGACAACCGUGUCCGACCUCCCGCCGUCGGCUUUUGCCAUUUCCAUGGCUUACAGCAGUGCCCCGGGUAUCAUCUGCGCGGAGGGCGACGCCGCUGCGCGCACCACCCAGUGCGGACCCCAGCAGCAGCAGCAGCAGCAGCAGCAUGGCAGCGGGGAGGAUCUCACGGGCAGCCCCACCGCUGCAGAGCUGCUAGCGCUGCUGGCGGGGGCAGGCAGCGGAGGGGACGGCGCGCAGGGCAGCACCGCAGGUGACGGCCCUUCUGAUCUCUUCGGCCUUCCCCCCAUCAGCGCACCUGCCACCCUGCCGGCGCGCGGCAUGGACCGUGACCCUCGGCUGCGGAGGAGCUCCUCGCGCGAUCUGGGCGCCAUCUUCAUCAGCGGUGUACGGCAGGGUGACAAGAGGGCUGCGUCCGCGAAACACGCUGCGAGAGAUGCAUGUCAGCCACGUGGUGCGGCUGCGGCUGCGGCUGCGGCUGCGGCUGCUGACGGAGGAGAUGGUGGCGGUGUGCUCAGCGGCCUGCAGCAGCGCGAGUCCAGUCGCACACGAGCGCACACCUACCACGGAUACCAGCUGCAGCUGGCCUCCGCGCCGGCUCCGCUUGCGGGCGGCAGGCGGCGCUCGACGCACGCGGGCUCGCAGCACCCGCAGCCGCCGUUGCCGCAUGCUGCGGGGCAGUCGAUGCGUGCGGUCCGGCCGGCCACCAUGAGCCUGGUGCACUCGCGCACUCAGGCGCUGGAGUUGAUCCCGCUGCCGGCCAAGCUGCCCGAGGUGCGCCAGACGUGGCGUCAGCUGUGCGCCGCCAACUGGCCGCUGCUGCCGCAGCUCCCGCGCGCCUGCAGCACUUCCUACGACGCCCCGCGACCUGCUGCGGCUGCUGCUGCUGCCGGCGGCGGAGGGCUGGGGCCGCUGCAGCCGCACCCAGAGGCUGAGGGCGACGAGGAGGAGCCGGCCGCGCCGCCCAGCCGCCCCCAGCUGCUGCCCGCCGGCUCCAGUAAGGCGCUCAAUAAGGGGGCGACACUGCUGUUCAGAGGGUGCCGCGUGCGCAUGGGUCUGCACACCGGCAUCCCGCUCACCACCGACGUCACCUUCAACCGCACCACGGGUCACAUGGCGUACAGCGGCUUGCCCCUCAAGACCGCCAAGGCGGUGGGCGACUGUGCUGCGGGCGGCAGUGUGCUGCUGUCCAACACCACCUUCAGCCUGGUGGCUCCGCACCUGGCGGAGCUGCCCGGACAUGCGCAGGCGCUGUACUGCGGGGAUGCGCAGGUGGGUGGUUGGGUGGGGAAAGAGGACGACCGGUGUAUCCCUCACCCAAAUCGCCCUGACGUUGUGCUGGCUGGUUGCCCUGGCACGCCCCGCACCCCACCCUGCUGCCCUGACCUCGCUCCUGCCGCGCCGCAGAUCGAGCUGAGCAUCCGCUCUCUGUAUAUGUUGGUGGGGCGGGAGCAGCAGCCGCGGCUGGGCUACCUGCCGCCGCUGCGCAACCUGCGCCUGCUGCAGCACGGCAACCUGGAGGCGCCCACGGGCACGGUGGCCAUCUGCUUCAUGACAGUGGCGGGGGCCACCAAGGCGGUGGCGGAGCUGGGGCAGCCGGCGGUCAGCGCACUGCAGCAGUUCAAGACCAUUGUAACCCACGAGUGCUACGGCUGCGGCGGUUUUGUGGUGGAGGCCACGGAUGGGCUGUGUUUGGCGGCGUUCAUGGAGCCGGCCGCAGGGGCCAUAUGGGCCCUGCGCUGUAAGGAGGCCAUCACGGCUCACAGCUGGUCGCGCGAGGUCCUCUCCUCGCCGCACUUCCAAGAGGUCAAGGAGUACACCAAAAUAUACCGGGGCCGCGGCCUGCCGUCGCGGCGCGUGGCGCAUGUCCUGUACCGCGGGCCGCGCAUCCGCACCGGGAUAGCGGUGGGUCCCGUUACCGCAGAGGUGUCCUCCUCCACUGCGCGGCUGGCUUACCGCGGCAAGGUCAUGAACCGCUCCGCACGGGUGGCAUCCAAGGCGGCGGACAACCAGGUGCUGCUGUCCUACGCCGCAUGGCAGCGGGUGGUGGCCACAGUGGGGCUGCAUGCGCUGGCAGAGGACAUGCACCCCGGCAGGAACGAAUCCACAGGCGGCAGGCAGCCCACCGCCGGCAAUGGCGGCGGCAUCUCCCCAGCAGCAGCACCCACCCCUCAUCCCACCCACGCCGGCUUCACAGCGAGCGGUGGCACCAGCCCCACCCUCUGUGCCAGCCCCAUGCCCCAUGCGGGCGGUGCCCCGCUGCAACAGGUCCCCAGCGCGACCUCCGUGUCGGGUAUUGUCCCGGCGGCUGCGGCGGCGGCGGCGCCCAGCAGCGGUUCCGGAGCGCCCCGCAACCUGUUGUUGAUGGCGGCUGCGGCUCUGCUGCACGACGAAGGCGACCCGGAGGAAGCAGAGGCGCUGUUGGCAGCGGCCGCGGAGGCGGUGGCGGCGCUUCCCUCGCUGCCGGCAGGGUUUGCGCUGGCAGGGAGCAGUGCGGGUGUGUUCACGCUCAAGGGGGUGCCGGAGCCGCAGGAGCUGUUCGAGGUGAGGAUGGAGGCGGCGCCGCCGGCAGCGGCCGCUUCUAGGCCAGGUGGUGCGGCUGCCGGCGGGUCGGACGCGGGGAGGCUGGCGGCGGCGGCCGUGGACUCCGCACCCCGGCCCGACAUUCCUUCCCCCUCACCCAGCGUCUCCACCACCCACACAAUGUCGGCCACGUUCACUCGUGUGCCCUCGCAUGCGGCCCAGCAGCAGCAGCAGCCCCUGCAGCGUCCGGACGGCAGUGUGAGCGCCUCCUCCUACGCCGCCGCCGCCGCCGCUAGCAGCAGCCAGCCUGGAGGAGCCAUACCGUCAGCGGCGUCUGGCGGCGCAGGGAGCCGACUGCAGCGGAGCUCUCAGGAGUUCAGCCCGGCAGCAGCAGCAGCUCGCGGGACAGAGCGAGGGACGCUCAGACAGCUCCAACAGACUGCGCCACAUGCCGUCCGCCAGGCGACGGCGCGUGCGGGCGAGGCUGCGCCCGCGGGGCUUGCCGACCCCCACCUGCACACGGCUGACAGCGUUGGUGCGAUGCAUGAGGCGGGCGGCGAGGAUUCAGUGCCCCAUGGGUCGUCCGUGCUUGGGAAGCUCGACUCCACUGAGCUGGCGCAGCUGCGAGCGGCGGCCGAGGAGGCCAGUGUGGCGGGGUGGAGUGCAGCGGCGGUUGACCCAGCCCUCGCAGCUUGUGGCAGUGUCGGCGGCAGCAUGGUUGGCUGUGCAGAGACAGGGCUAGGGGAUCAGGCGCCCAAGCCACCGGGCGAUACCUCGGGUGCUGCCGCUGCCGUACCGCCCAAGAAGCCGCUGGCGGGGGAUGCGCUGCUUGAGGCGAUGGUGGCGGCGAUGAUGCAAGCGGAGGAGGAGGGCGAGCAGGCUGGCGGGCCUGCAGAUGCAGGCGCGGAGGAGCCAGGCAGUGCCGCACAUGGCUGAUUGCCGACAGGAGGGGAUGGCUUUGUACGGCCGGCCGCUGCUGAGGCGCCAGGAUUGGAGGGAUUGCAGUGUGGUCGCUGGGGCGUGCAGGAGCAGGGCCUCUCGGGGUUGUCGUAGAGGUGGGUGGUCGUGAAGGACGGCUUGUCGACGUGCGCGCGCUGUUGAGAUGAAACGCGAGUAACAUGUGUGCUGGGAGGGGCUUAUGAGCACAAUGGUGGCUCAAGACCUAAGCCGGCGUUUGAAAGAGUGAAGAAGAGAGUUCAAAUGUCAAUGCAGUGAAGGCGACAAUGAUGGUUUUGCUCCACGUGACUGAGGCACAGGUAUUUGCACCUUACCGGUAUCUUACGUUGGUCGGACUCGAUAGCUUUCACGUGCAUGAUACACAUGCAAACGGAAUGGUUAACAGGGUUAUGGUUCGAAGUGUGGUGGCGGAGAAGGGUUCCAACCUCGCUCACCGCUGCCCCUGAAAGCAGGAUGAGUAGGUCAGGGGCAGAUACAGGCGCAACUAAGACUGCAAGACAAUGGAGAUUGAUGAGGAAUGAGUACGGGUAUGCUGCGUACAAAUGACGUGAGUGCAUUUCCUUUUAUGCAUUUUUGCACAAAGUUGCCGGGUAUGUUGAUACAACUGCCGCGACAGAGAGAAAGUGAUGUGCUUUUAUCGGUUUAUGCCUGAGCCAUUUUCAUGGGUAGCGUGCCAGUUGCAUGUGGCCCCGUGUCCGUUGCACCGUGUUUUAUCCGCAUCAGCGGAAAUUUUGAUGCGGAGUUGACCAGCCAGGGUUCAGUGUUGCUUAGCAGCAGGCGGCUUGGAUAUAGUCCAAGAUUUAUGUGGUGGUACAUAUAGGGCCUUUUGUUCAAUUGCAUGCCGGAGCGACAGAAGUAUAUGUUUACCCGGUCAAUAUACCGGCUUAUGGGGAGGGGCGAGGGCCCGUGUUGUCCGCACGAUGGCACUGACACCGACCCGCUGAGAGAGAACGAAAAUGUUUAAUAUAAUCACUUCCAUUGUCAGCACAUAGUGUGCAGCGCGGGCGUUGUUGUAGGGGUGUGUGGGGAGGCGCACUACUAAGAUAAUCCUGUAUUGCAGUGGCCGCAUUUGGUAGCUACCCCAACAUCGAGGAUUUCAUGUAACCCCGUCAUCCCCAUGCACGUUUAAUUGAGAUACGAAGCGGGCGGGCAGGCCGCCCUUGCAGAGCCGCUGCCUGUUUGUGCACGGCGUUGCUGCUGCGUAGCUGCAUGAGGCAGACCCUAGGCAUGGGUUAGGGGACUUCCCGGUCGCUUGCUCCAACCCUCACUGAGCAGGGAGCUGGUAGCGCUAUGCUGCAACUUGGGCCAUGCUCGUCGUUUGUACAGC